GAGCAGGGGAGAGGGUGAGGGCAACAUGAGAAAAAGAGGGCUGUUCUUGCGGGUGAAGGGAAUUGAAUAAGGAAUCUGAUAAGAAUUCAGUUCCUUCUAUGUGUCAGACACCCUACCAAGUUCCUUAAAUACAACUUGGCCCAGAAUCCUAGUGAGCAACUGCUGUGAAAUGCGGAACAACUUCAUCCAGAGAGGCCUCUGUGCUAGGCCACCACCUAAGAAAGGAGCAGUUUUCUGAGGUCCUGGGAAGGGAAUGCUCCCUUGAGCACAAUGCUCUACAAGGAGCUCCAAGACACCUACUCUUUCUGUCACUAUUUUAAGUUCAAAACAAUUAGCAAGUUUCCUGCCACCAUGAAGCCUCAUGUACUGCAGACUUCCUGGAUUUAAAACAGUUUUAGGUGGCAGCGGGACACUCAAGAGAUGCCUUGGAAACUCAGACUCCAAAACACCAAGCAGAGAACAUCCAGAUGCUGGGAUUGCCACGACACAGAAGAGUGUUUCUGCCUCCCGUGGAAAAAAUUAUGUGUUUUUAAAGCAAGGCAAGAUUCCCUAAAGAAAAAUGAAGGAAUGACACCUACUCCUAUCCAGCAGGACCAUGCUAAUCAGACCCACAUGGAGGAGCUCUGCUAUGUCCUUAUCCAUCAUCACAAGGACCAAGGAAGAAGGCCUUCAGGGACCUCUGCUGAGGUGUACUAUGAGAAUGUUUCCUGCAAGGCUGAGAGACCCAAAGAGUCUUUGGGAGGAACAGAGACUGAGUAUUCACUUCUCCGUGUGCCCUCCACUCCUAGGCACCCCCCUUCCCCAGAAGAUGAAUAUGAGCUUCUCAUGCCAAGCAAAAUCUCCUCUCCCUCCCUAAAACAGCCACACGUACUUCCCUCCCCUUUUGAGACACAGUUUUCCCUUUUACAAUGAAGAAGCUGGACUAGUGUUAGUUUAGUGCCAGCAGGUAAAAGUGGAAAGUGGGCAUCUCUGCUUGAAGCAAGCCUCAGGUAGGAAGCCCUUCUGUGCAAAAUUUUCUAAAGACAAGGGCCACUAAGAUCCUGCUCAACAUUCAACAUCUGAGAGUCAACCAGUCAUCCUGAACACCACUAUUUGAGAAAGGAGUGAUCAUCCUUGGUUCUAAAAAGAACUGGAAGUACUGUGUGGUGGAAAGAGAUUUGUGGUUCCCCUGCAGCUCUGUUUACCACGAAAUGUUCUUGGAUUCUUACAAAAUAUCAUCAUGAUUGCUAUCUGAAGGUACAAGGAAGUUUUCUCAUUAUAUCAAGUGACCCGAGGGGGAAGUCACUCAUUGCAGUGACUCAGUCCUACUCCCAAUGACAGCCUGAGAUACUCCUCUGAGGAAUGUCCUUGAUACAAUGUCCUUCGACUCAUUGGUUCCUUGCCUGGGUUGGUUAUGGGUUGAACUAGGAGGGUACAGUACAGGUUUUUAUAAAUCUUUAACCAUGUUUUUUUUUUUUAAGCUUUAUAUUUCUCCCCAUUAAUUUAUUUUGGUGGGGAGAGCUAGGGAUUGAAACUACAUACUAGGCAAGCAAGCUACCACUGAGCUACAUCUCAGUCCCCCUCCCCCCACCCCGUAAACCUUAAUAAGACAAUCAGUCUCAAAAAGUGAUACUGCAGAAAGACCUUUGGAGAUCCUUUAAUUCCCUCAUCUUUUUUUGGACUCAGAGAGAAUAAUUUGCCCAUUGGUAUAUUAAGUUAGUGGCACAACUUUAGCUAAGAGCAUGAUUUCCUGGCUUCCAACUCAGUACUCCUCCAAUAUACUGUACAGAAGAGCCUCUUCUGUGUAGUCAAUAUCUCUAUUAAAUAGCAUGUCAUGUAUAAAAUAGGAAUGAGAAGUCUACAUGGGAAACAAAACUCACAUCCACCCCUUCUCUGAUGAGCAUGUCUCCUUUGGCCUCGAUUAUUUGUUGUCUCUCUUCUCCUUUUUUUAGUAUUUCUAGAAUUAUGUCUAUCCCUAAAUCAGGUUCAUCACACUGUGGCCCACUAACCGAAUCCGGCCCAUCACCUAUUUUUGUAAAUAAUGUUUUAUUGAGACACAGCCACACUUAUUUCUUUGCAUUGUCUACAGUUGCUCAACCAUGGAGGAGAUUUGAGUAGUUGUGACAUAGACCACAGGCCCUGAAAAGUCAAAAAUACUAAUGUUUUGUCCCUUUAUAGAUUGAAAAAAAAAAUUGCAGACCUCUGCCCUAAAUGAUCAUAUUUGAGAUUAACUUAACAGGAAUAUGUUUGGUUAUUGAUAUAACUCAUAAGAGUAGUACCAAUAAAAUGAUAUGAAAAUAUUAAACCACAAAUGAGAUGAGUGAGACCAAGAAAAUUAGCAAACUAGGCUAUUUCUAUAUUCACACCUGUGUCCUCCACUUGCUGCUUUGUUUUACUCAUGGCCAUUGUCCUAAUUUUAGAGAAGUUAAAAUAGUAAACGGUUUGUUGAAACAAGCAGUAGAUACAUUAUAUGUUUCAUUAUUGUUUUGUUCUCAAAGCUAACCCAAGCUCAACUUUGCUAUUUAAAACAUGGCAAGUGCCCAAUGAAGAGAAAUCCAGUGGUUUGAGGCUAGAUGAUCAAUGCAGGCUUGCUGGGCUUUUAGCCAGCUGAUGGUCUGCAGCUAAGGGUCAACCACAUCCUGACAUCUUAGCUUCUGCUAGUCUCCUACUUUUAGCAAAAUUCUUUCCCAGGUAACCCUAACUUGUAUCUCUGGCUGGAGUUCACUCAGGUUUGAAAGGGCGUGUUCAUGGUAGCAGAGAACACUGUGGAAGGUGUAACGUGGCUGGGGGAAGAGUAUGGACCCAAGACAGACAACCAGUGGUUCAAAUCCUGGUUCUUUCUCUUCCUGUUCUGUGACCUUGAGUCUGUUACCCAGAUGCUCAGGUUUUUCACUCACAUGAGAGGAUUUACAUUUAAUAUAGUAAGCAGAACCUCUAUCAUAAACCCUAAAUAGAAAUCAUAUCAAAGAGUAAAGAGAAACAGAAAUCUUUUAUGAUGUAUGGAGAAGAGCACGUUGAUACAUCUGGUUAUCCAGGGCCACACGGGGACUUUCCAGCAAGGCAAAAACACCAAACUGAUAGGUUUUUGCUGGGAUUUUUUACAUGGAUAUGAAACCACUAUGGAUGUUGGUUGGUUGAUAUAUUCUUAGUACAAAAUGGUAACCUAUAUGUGUUUGAGCCUUAUCCUGUGAAAGCAUUACCAGUCCCAAACAGUAUUUGUCUCCCAUCAGGACCACAUUAAUUCCUAGCCAAAAAAAAAAGAAGAAAAAGUUGUUCUUAUAGUGAAAUUAGAAGGAUUGUAAAAGGAAAUUAUUAUGUGCUAGAGAACCACUUUGAUGUGUUUUGAAAUACCCACAAUGAUGUAUAUGCAAUGUUAUUUGUCAAUCAGAAAUAAUAAAAAAUAACUUAAAAAUAAAAUUUAAGGAAAUAUGAGUUUAGUACA